GGCAUCAAAUUGCAGCAGCAAUAGGACAACGAUUUCUUUCGCCAAAAGCUUUUAGGAAUGUCUUUGAAUUACUUCCAAAAGGAGCACAUGGAAAUUUAUCAUAUAUUGCAGCAUGGGCUGACCAAAUUAAACAUAAACCAGAGUACAGAUUUACAUCUUCAAUGCACUAUAUAUCACCACCAAACGAUUAUCCACCAUCCAAUUGUUAUUUUAGUUGGACUCCAGGAAAAUAUGAUUUAAUUAAUGCAAUUCAUAAUUAUUCAAAUAUACUUGAUCCAAAAUCUGAUCAUGAACAUUGGCUAAGAGCUGAAGCACUAAAUUUUGUGGUUCAUUUCAUUGGAGAUUUACAUCAACCUUUGCACAUUACAGCUAGAGAUAGAGGUGGAAAUGGUUCACCGGCUCUAUUUGAAGGACAUCAUACUAAUUUACACUCUAUAUGGGACACAACUUUACUCUAUAAACGAAUUCGAGAAUUUAAUGCAAAUUCUAAUUUUGACUAUAAUUUAACCGAGGUUGAUAAUCAAUUUAACUCUUCUGAACCCUUAUUCGGUGGCCCGUUUUAUGAUUUAUAUUUAAAUUAUAUACUUCAUUUAAUGAAAACAACUUGGCGUGGUGAACUUAGAUCAUGGACAUUUUGUCAAGAUUUUGAACUUGCACCUCAAUCUUGUGAUCCUAACCAAUUCCAUUUCACCUCUGAAAACGUAUCUUCUGAACAUUUUACGGUCUUAUCAAUGGAUCAAAAUCUUUCACAGAGUUUAGCCUGCCCAGAAUUUUGGGCUAUACCCAUAAAUGAAUUAAAUUGUAGAGUAGUUUAUAAUGGGUAUGAAUCUGGAUUAGAUUUGAGUAACGGUGCUUAUUAUGAUAGAAUCGUUAAUGGCAAAGUUAUGGAGAAAUUAUUGGCUGUUGCUGGAAUUAGAAUUGCAGCUGUGUUGAAUACUAUUCUUGGAUAA